GAAGCGAUCCGCGAUGAAGCUGCCAGGAAGAAAUUAUUCGCCAACUGUCGAUUUUGGUUGAAUCGCGAAGUACCAAAGGAUAUGUUGGCGAUUAUUAUUAGGAAUUGUGGUGGAAUGGUAUCGUGGGAUAGUUGUCCCGGCAUUGCCUAUCACGAAGACGAUAAACGCAUAACGCAUCAGAUCAUCGAUCGACCGUUGGCCGCGAACGUGAACAUUAAUCGAGUGUAC